AUGAACCCAAGUCAAUUCCUGCAGCUUCUGCCCAUUGACUCUCAGUCGCCACAAAAACGCAUUAUUCAUGUCUGCCACCAACUACCGUUUGAAAUCACUUACCAAGGGUCUGAAGAGAAAUGGUCAUUCUUGCCCAGAAGAGGCCAUUCGGCAAUGCACGCCGGGAUUAGGUCAUUGAAUGGCGACCAGUGGAGAACCUUGGUUAUUGGUGGGGCAGGCAAGAUACACAUUUCUCCAGAAGCUGGUCUCAAAGACACAGUGUCACCACCAUGGCUGUGUGGCCAAGAAAAAGACCGACUUGUCAACCAACUCCUAGAAGACCACAAUUGUAUCCCACUACUGUUAGACAGCGAAUCAGCCGCCGGGCAUUAUGACGGUUACUGCAAGACAAUGCUAUGGCCUCUAUUUAAUUACAUAAUCUGGAACGAUGCUACCGAUGGUCGUCUGGAACGUCAACAAUGGGAUGCAUACUGUAAAGUGAAUCAGGCAUAUGCAGACAUGCUUGUAGAACAAUACACAGAAGGAGACACGAUAUGGGUUCAUGACUACCAUCUCUUGUUGGUACCUAUGAUGAUUCGAAACAAGCUACCAAACGCAAGGAUUGGCUUAUUUGUCCACGCAUCAUUCCCCAGUUCAGAGAUUUUUCGAUGCCUUCCAAAGAGACAAGAAAUCCUCAAAGGUAUGAUGGGUGCCAAUCUUGUCGGAUUCCAGACCUAUGCAAAUGCCCGUCAUUUCAUUUCAACCUGCACCCGCGUACUUGGCUAUGAAUCCACCCCGGAUGGUGUUGAUUGCGACGGCCACUUUUGUUAUGUCGGUACCUUCCCAAUUGGUAUUGACGCUGAAUCAAUCGAUGCCCAGAGGUCCUCCCCGGGUGUGCUUCCGAAGAUCAAGGCCAUUGCAGAAAUGUAUACCGGAAAGAAAAUUCUGGUAGGAAGAGACAAGCUGGAUCUGGUCAAAGAAGUUGUCCUGAUUCAAGUGACAGAUUCUACAACGGCAGAGUCGGCUAAACUUGAACACAAGGUUUCAGAGGCUGCAGCACAUAUUAACGGCACAUUUGGCUCACUUGAGUUUACACCAGUCCACCAUUAUCACCACCACAUCCAACCCGAUGAGUACUAUGCCCUCUUAUCUAUAGCAGACGCCGCAGUCCUAACGGCCGUUCGAGAUGGCAUGAACACCACGAGUUUGGAGUAUGUGAUGUGUCAAGAGGAGAAUCACGGUCCUUUGAUCCUCUCAGAGCUGGCAGGUACUGCAGGAUCCAUGGGAUCUGCUUUACUCGUCAAUCCAUGGGACUAUGCGGGCGUUGCAAAGGCUAUCAACGAUGCUCUUGUUAUGUCUGAAGAAGAAAAAGCAACUAGACACAUGCAACUCCUGCGUCAAGUCAAGUCUAAUACGGCUUCAUUUUGGGCCCACUCUUUUGUCAAGAGUUUGAAUUACACAAUGGCCCUGUCGGAUAUGAAUAAUUACACGCCUCUUCUCAACAACGAAUCUUUACUUGCUAGUUACAAGAAAGCCAACAAGCGUCUUUUGUGCUUUGAUUACGAUGGAACCAUAACACCUAUUUGCAAAACUCCUGGUGCAGCUGUGCCACCUCCAGACAUGCUUCGAGCUCUUGAAACCCUCUGCAAUGAUGCAAAGAAUGAGGUUUGGAUUAUAUCCGGAAGAGAUGAAGCCGGACUGGACAACUGGCUUGGACAUCUUCCUGGCCUUGGCUUGAGCGCCGAGCACGGAAGUUUUAUAAAGUACCCUCACACAUCCAAGUGGAUCAACCUGGCCGAGCACUGUGACAUGAACUGGAAACACGAUGUUCUCGAGAUCUUUACUUACUAUACCGAACGAACCACCGGAAGUUUCAUUGAACACAAACGGUGCGCAAUCACCUGGCAUUAUCGCCUGGCCGAUCCGGAUUAUGGAGCCUUCCAGGCAAAAGAGUGCCAGAACCAUCUCGAGGGAGCCAUUCUUUCCAAGAUGCCUGUGGAAAUCCUGGUGGGUAAGAAAAACCUAGAGGUCCGUCCGAUAUCAGUCAACAAGGGAGAAGUAGUAAACCGGUUGCUGGUCCAGCAACAGCAGGAGGACGGCGGGUUUGAUUUCUGUCUGAGCUGUGGUGACGACCGGACAGACGAAGAUAUGUUCAAGACAAUGAGUAAAGCCGAGUCUAUCCCAAGCCAAGAUGUGUUCUCGAUCAAGGUCGGAAUAGAAGGAAAAAAGACACGGGCAAGGUGGUACCUGCCAACAGUAAAAGCAGUGAUUCAAACGAUGCAGGCCAUGGCAAGCGUUUCUGCUUCUGCUUCUGUUAAUGAAAGCUUAUAAUUAUGCAUAUGUAUAUAUAGAAGAUAAUUGUCGUGUACAUUUUAGAAAUUAUUUUUGUUAAUAUUAUUAUUAUUAUUAUUAUUCAUAGAGUGUUUAAAGUAUGAUUUGCUAUUAUUUGAUUUUGACGUAUAAUAGUUCAAAAAUUCCGGCUAUUUUGUCUGUUGAUU